GGAGAACAAGGAAGACCGCAAUUGAAAAUGCCUACAAUUAAAGUCACAAGUUGUGAUGUCAUAAUAGGCUCCUCAUGACCGAGGGAAGUGUCCUUACCAGUGCUCCCUUGUUCCUGCCCGGUCCCUCUUUCUGCGGCACACUGUUGCUAAACUGAAAAAGUGAACUUUAGUCGCGCGACUUUGUUCUAAUGGAUUUAUCCGAGUCCGUGAGGGAGUUCACAACAUUACCAGUUUAACGUUUGAAAUGCGCGCGUGCUGGGACCAGUAACGACACACCAUGGCGGACAGAAGGACCAUCAACGUGCUGGUUUUGGGUGUCGGGUUUCUGUUCAUUUUUACCGCUUUCACCACCUGUGGAAACGUUGCGCAAACUGUCGUGAAAAGCCUGAGGAAUGACACGUUCAGUGGGAGCGGGUACCACAGUCUCGGAAUCAUCUAUGGAGUCUUUUCAUUCGCCAACUUACUCGCACCGAUGGUCGUUGCAGUCAUCGGACCAAAGAUCGCCAUGUUUCUGAGCGGCCUACUCUACAGCGGGUACAUCGCCGUGUUCAUCGUCCCGUCAACGUGGUCCUUCUACUUGACCUCGGUACUCAUCGGCGUUGCAGCCGCCAUGCUCUGGACGGCUCAAGGUCACUUCCUGGUGGAGAACUCGGACGCUUCCACCAUCAACAGGAACACCGGGAUGUUCUGGGCUCUCCUGCAGUGCAGCAUGCUCUUUGGCAAUCUUUACAUCUAUUUGGACUGGAAUGGAAGGACAGAGAUACCAGACAGCAGCAGGAGGAACAUUUUUCUCAGCCUGCUGGUCGCCUCGGUCCUCGGCACGCUCAGCUUCCUCCUGUUGAGGAAGAGCCGCGACGAAGAGGAGCUGCUCUCCGAAGAGGAAGGGCAGUCGCUGCUCUCGACCGGCGUGACGUAUCGGAGCCGGGCGAGCUCUGCUCUGCAGGAGGCCAAGUCAGAAUGCAAGACGAUCCUGCAGCUCCUGAGGACCAAAACGAUCCUGUUGCUGAGUCCCUGCAUGGCCUACAGCGGCCUGGAGCUGUCGUUCUACAGCGGCGUGUACGGGACGUGUCUCGGUGCCACCGCUCAGUUUGGAGAUUCGGCCAAAGGCCUGAUCGGGAUCUCUGGCAUCGUGGUCGGCAUCGGAGAAAUCGUGGGGGGGGGCUUGUUUGGUCUGCUGUGCCAGAACAACCGCUUCCGACGCACCUCCGUGGUGUUCCUGGGAAUGCUCGUCCACUUUGUCGCCAUCUAUUUGAUCUUCCUCAACAUCCCGGACGACGCCCCCGUCGUCUUUCACGGCGGCACCCAGAGCCAACCCUUCCUCUCACCCAGCGUGUCCGUCGCCCUGCUGUGCAGCUUCCUGCUGGGCCUCGGGGACAGCUGCUUCAACACGCAGCUCUACAGCGUGUUGGGCUGCGUUUACGCCGAACGCAGCACGCCCGCCUUCGCCAUCUUCAAGUUCAUCCAGUCUGUCUUCGCAGCGGUGGCGUUCUUCUACAGCGGCGCCCUGCUGCUGAAGUGGCAGCUGCUCGUCAUGGUGGUCCUGGGCUUCGUGGGGACGCUCUGCUUCUUCGCCGUGGAGCGCAUGCAAGGCUUCAUAACAGAUUUGCAGGAAUAUUAGAACCGAGACAUUUCGUCAUUUGUGGGAGGAGCUUCUGUAUGAAAACACUUUGCAGGGGUCGUAUGUGGGUUCAAAAUGGUGAACUGAAACGUUUUGAUUCCACCUUGCACCGUCUGUACUCAUAACCCCACACGGCAUCAUCAUUAAUCUUGAUUUUAUAGGGUUUUAAAAUAACCACUCGCCUUAUUUCGUUAUUAAUUGCAUCGCUUCAAGCUCAGGUUGUUUUUAUUAAAAGGCAGUGUUAUCCGAAAAAAUUGUAUGUCUCAAAAAAAUCAAAUGUUUUAUUUGAAAGCUGUUCAUAGUUUUCCAGAAUGAUUGACAGUUUGACAAUAGAUGAGAGAAAAUAAUGCCAUUUUGUUGAUGUCAUGUUUCAGAAAAAUAUUAAGCGAUUAAUGCCUGACAAUCAUUGUUCUUAACCUUUUUUGCGUGUGUAAAUUAUGCAUCUUGUCAAUGUUGUCCUCCCAAUUUUUUAAAUUCUUGCACGUUUUUCCAGUGCCGAGCAAAGCCGUGUCCUGUUUUGUUGCAUUUUUUUCUUGUAAUAAACAGGUUCAGAUGAUGCAACACA